GAGGAAGCGGCGCCAUGCGCAAAGGGCCGCGCAGGCUGCGGCCGGGGCUGGGGGCAGGCGGCGGGGAGCUGGAGCCGGGGGGCUUCUCUGCCUCCGGCAGGCGGACCCCUCUCCGGCCGCUGCGCCUCUGGCUCCUCCUGCUAGUCUUGGCUGCCGGGGCGCUGCUGGGACUCUGGCUGCUCUGGAGGGAGGUGGCAGAACAGGGCUGGGGGGUGAAGGAGCAGCAGCAGCAGCAGCAGCAGCAGCAAGAGAUCGGGGGGUCCCAGCUGGCCCACAAGCCCCGGAGCCUGUCCAGCAGCCAGCUGAAGCGCCUGUCCUCCCUGGUGGAUCUGCAGAGGCUUUGGCACAGCUACCUGCAACCCAUACUGCUGGAGAGGUAUCCUGGCAGCCGCGGGAGCAAACAAGUCCAGCAGUUCAUCACAGAACGCCUAAGAGGGCUGGCCGCAUCCUGGCACAUAGAGCUGGACUCCUUCGAGGACCGGACGCCGCGUGGCAUGGUGAGCUUUGCCAACGUGGUGGCCACUCUGGACCCUGCUGCCCCCCGCCGCCUUGUGCUGGCCUGCCACUACGAUUCAAAGUAUUUCCCACACGAUGGGCGCGGCCGGGCAUUCCUGGGGGCGACGGACUCAGCCGUGCCCUGCUCGAUCCUGCUAGAGCUGGUGACCGCCCUGGACCAGGAGCUGCUGAGAUCCAAGGAGCAGGGUGCCAAGGUGUCUCUGCAGCUGUUGUUUCUGGAUGGGGAAGAGGCCUUUGGGGAAUGGAGUGACACGGACUCCCUGUAUGGGGCACGUCAUUUGGCCGAACGUAUGUCCAAAGCCUCGCUCCGCCCAGGGGUCACUCAGCUCCAGGCUAUGGCUCUCUUUGUUUUGUUGGACCUCCUGGGUGCAGACGGGCUGACAAUCCAAAAUCAUUUUUCAGAUACCGCCAGUUGGUUUGAAAGGCUUGUCAGCAUUGAAAGACGGCUGCACCGCCUGAAUCUCCUGGCGUCCCACCCCCAAGAGCAGCUGUACUUCAGUCGGCAUCCCAUCUAUGGCCCCGUCCAAGAUGACCACGUUCCCUUUCUCCAAAGAGGUGUCCCAGUUCUUCACCUCAUUGCUACACCUUUCCCUGUUUUCUGGCAUACCAUGGAGGACACAGAGGUGAACUUGCAUCGACCUACCGUGGAGAACUUGUGUAAGAUCCUGGCAGCUUUUGUAGCAGAAUACCUGUGGCUGUAGGAGAAUCCAUUGCCCCGACCCAGAAAUCCUCUUUGGUCUGCCUCCCGUCCAGUGGAAUGGCCACAGAAUAUACCUGCAAUGGGAGAAGGCACUGCUGCCUGCUCCAGACUUAGAACGGUGGCCUUUGCAGAAACUUUGUUGUGCAACUCAAGAGGAGCAUGGUGCACGGAGAGGCAGAACAUGGUCUGCUACAGCCAUGGCCUCCAGUCUAAUAUUUUGAGCCAGGAGCUGGAGGGUCUGUGGCUAACAAGCCAAUGUAGAGCUCCCGAUGGGGAGGCCAAAGAGAAUAGUGAAGAAAAAGAGAAUUUCUCUCUCCUUGAAAAUGGUCUUCCUGUCUGAUUCCGUGUAUCUGAUGAUUUAAAGAGAGUGCGCCAUAGAACAGCUGUUUAGUCUGUUCACAACAAAUUAGUGAUCCGUCCUUGCAUUCUGUGAAUCUUUGUGGGUGUUUCUGAUCUGUCAAAGCCACUUUUGCCAGAAAUUAACUUCAGAAGUCUCUUCUGGGGAGGCAUGCAUGCCGGGACCCUUGCUCAGACAUAGAACCCUCCGUGCAUCUUGCCCGUGUCCACUGUUCCAGGAACGGGCCACCCAGAUCAGCCACCUCUCCAGCCAUCGCAACUCCCAGGUGACAGCGAAGUAUGGGCUCCUCUUCUGGGCUGCCUUUCCCACCCCCACCUCUGCCCCCACCAGGAGGUACGAGAGAUGCUGGAUGGUAUCCUUUGUGUGGAUGUGCCUCACCUCUGCCAUAGUAGUGAUGGCAGAGCUCCUGCUCCCUGUUUUGCUAUCUAGGGGUGCAAACUGCAAGGAGAAGCAGUGUGUGGAGGGUGGAUUUUGUUACCACAAGGGAAGAGAUUUUGCUGAGGUCAGCAAGUGAAUGACGGAUUUGCUGUAGGAGGGGCAAUGGAGACCUUUAGUGGGAGAGUCCACUAGAAAGCAUUUUACUGAGGUCUUCCCCAAGCCCUGGACCUGGCCUCCAGACCCACAAGCCACACUUCUCCCCCAAACAGCCUUGCACCAUGGGUCCCUCGUUUCCUUCUUCAGUCAAAGGAAAGGAUGUCUGCUAGCAGAACAACUCCCUGGGUUCCAGACCCAUGUUAGCAGGUGUUUUUUCUGACUGCUUCUUCCACCACUUUCCGUUACCUGGCCUUUAAAAUUCAUCAGGCCUGAAGGCAGAGCCAUUUAGUUUUGAGCCAUAAUGUUUGUAGCCGCUAGUUUGGACUGUGAAGGGGGUAACAGGAUGUCUGUUGUGGCUUUGGCUGCCUCCCUCUCCCGUUUAUACUGAGCCAAACAGGUUUUUAUUCUUUAUAACUUACUGAAGGGUUUUGACAGUUUCUAGGGUGAUCAAAUUCCUACAUGGAAAAUUGCUUCAAGAACGCAUGGGGAUGGGACACCCAUUGUGUGUAUUUUCUGUGUUAUUUCUUCCAUUGAAGGAGUGUUGUAACUGGGUAUGAAUUCUUGUGUCCUGGCUGCAGCAGAAGUAAGGGUGAUAGAGUGAACUUUAGUUUCUAAAUUUACUUAUUUUUGGAUGAUCCCCUUUGUUAAAAUAAACAAAUUCAGCUCUCA